GAGUCAAGUGAACAGGGUGAGCAGAGCAUGCGGAGAAAGUGAGGUUAAGCUAAGUUAGGUUAGAUUAGAUCGUGUGCUCUGUCUCAGAAGGAAUUGACAUCUGUAAGAAGUAGGAUAAGAAAAAUCUUCAACGAUGUCAACGAAAGAUACAAACGGAACGUCUAAAAUUACGGACAAGAUUGCGGAUAUGGAAAUUGAGGAGACGAGCGGCAAGAAAUUAACGCACAAGGAAAAGAAGAAGCUGAAGAAACAGCAGGAAUAUGAAAGAACGAUGGAGAUGCUGACAAAAACAGGUGGUCAAGGUCACAGUGAGCUGGAGACCAACUUCACGGUCUCGCAGAGUCAGACGCAACAACGUGGCAAUCAACAGCUGGACAAUGCGGUCGACAUCAAAGUUGAUAACUUCAGCAUAGCAGCCAAGGGCAAGGAGCUCUUCACCAAUGCUAGUCUGCUGAUUGCGCAAGGUAGACGUUAUGGUCUCGUCGGACCUAACGGUCAUGGCAAAACUACCUUGCUUCGUCAUAUAGCCAACAGAGCCUUCAAUAUCCCACCUACUAUAGAUGUUUUAUACUGUGAACAAGAAGUUAUAGCUGAUGAUACUCCUGCUGUUGAAGUUGUACUCAGUGCCGAUGUGAAAUGUAGAGAACUUCAGGCAGAAUGUAAAAAGCUAGAGGAACUGACAGAGCAAGGGGAUACUACUGUACAAAAUAGACUUCAAGAGGUUUAUGAAGAGUUAAAAGCUAUCGGCGCGGAUUCGGCAGAGCCGCGAGCCAGGAGGAUUUUAGCUGGUUUGGGUUUUAGUCGAUCAAUGCAAGACCGCGCGACAAAAAAUUUUUCCGGUGGCUGGCGAAUGCGCGUUUCGCUCGCCAGGGCGCUCUUUCUUGAGCCCACGUUGUUACUGUUAGACGAACCUACGAAUCACCUGGAUCUGAACGCGGUAAUUUGGCUGGAUAAUUACUUGCAAGGCUGGAAGAAGACACUGCUGAUCGUGUCGCACGACCAAAGUUUCUUGGAUAACGUGUGUACGGACGUGAUACAUCUGGAUCAGCAAAAGCUCUUCUAUUAUAAGGGUAACUACAGCAUGUUCAAGAAAAUGUACGAACAGAAGCGAAAAGAGAUGAUAAAGGCGUACGAGAAGCAAGAAAAACGGUUGAAGGACCUCAAAGCCUCUGGCCAGAGCAAGAAACAGGCUGAAAAGAAACAGAAGGAGGCGCUUACUAGGAAGCAAGAAAAGAAUCGAACAAAGAUGCAGAAACAAGAGGAAGACACCGGGCCUCAGGAACUGCUACAGAGACCAAAGGAAUAUGUGGUGAAGUUUAGCUUUCCAGACCCGCCGCCGCUUCAACCUCCAAUUCUCGGUCUUCAAAACGUAACUUUCGCGUACGAAGGACAAAAACCGUUGUUCAUUAACGCGGAUUUCGGUAUAGAUCUGAGCUCUCGGAUAGCUAUAGUGGGUCCUAACGGCGUCGGCAAAUCUACGUUCUUAAAAUUGUUAAUGAGUGAUCUUACGUCUCAGAAGGGAGAAGUUACGAAGAACCACCGGCUGAGGAUAGGAAGGUUCGACCAACAUUCAGGCGAACAUUUGACUGCGGAGGAAACGCCGACCGAAUAUCUCAUGCGGCUGUUUGAUCUUCCGUAUGAGAAAGCACGCAAGCAGCUGGGUACCUUUGGUCUCAGCUCCCACGCACAUACUAUCAAGAUGAAGGACCUAUCGGGUGGGCAAAAAGCGCGCGUAGCGCUGGCCGAGUUGUGCCUGAACGCACCGGACGUGGUGAUCCUGGACGAGCCGACCAACAAUCUGGACAUCGAAUCCAUCGACGCGCUCGCCGACGCCAUCAACGACUACAAAGGUGGCGUCAUUAUCGUUUCUCACGACGAACGGUUGAUCCGCGACACCGAGUGCUGCCUUUAUGUAAUCGAGAACCAGCAGAUCAACGCGAUCGACGGUGACUUCGACGACUACAGGAAAGAAUUGUUAGAGAGCCUGGGCGAGGUCAUCAACAAUCCUAGUAUAGCUGCGAACGCAGCUGUUUUACAAUGAUCGUAGACCAAUUAGAUUGCAAUCGACUUCUUUCAAUGUGGUUAAAACUCGAUCGCGUUUGUCUUGGCGAAGACAACGAACUUGUGCAUCCCGACGCAAUCAGAGCCGAAUUUUGUAUUAUAGAGAUAUCUCGAUCGGGUAAAAACAAACCUAACCUAGGUAAAAACAAAUUACUAGACAAAGUCGGUAGGGAAUUGUCUUCGCUGAUCCGUUCAGUUAAUAAAUUGGCAAUGAUUGAUAUCGAUCGCUUGAUUACAUUAGUUCCUACUGUUAAAUAGGAACUCGUGAAUUCGGCAAAGUAUUACGUUAAAAUAUAUCUCAAAGCAACUUUUAUUUUAUUAAUACAGCGGAAAUAGGAAAUGUUCAAACGGCUAAUAAAAAAUGCGCAAUCGUUUUAUUAAA